AUGCACACCAUCAAAAUAGUUAGCUUUGACGAAAAAGAAGUGGAAAUUAGAGAAAAAGAAAUGAAAACCAAAAAAAGAGUAGUGGAUGCAUACGACAUGGAGGAUCCGUUUUACCAGGAAGACGAAGCCGUGGCUACAUUUGAGUGUAAAUACAAGAACUUUUUCUGUCUAUCGGGGGAAAGCUUGGUGGAGAGAAAAAAGGAGGAAAAAGAAGAAAAAGCCAAAAAAGAAAAGAAAGAAACCAGCAGAGAAAGAUAUCUCAAGCAAAAACAGGAAAAGUUGGAAGAGUAUACAGCGGCUCCUGAAGAUGCCGAUAGAAUAAUAAAGGAGCUGGUUACUUUGGAGAUACUGACGGCACAGGAGCCGAGCAGAGACACCUUGCUAGACGAAAUAGUUAAGGUGAAGCCUGGAGAAGACAGAGAAAAAACAGGAGCAAAGAUCGAUGAGCUCAUGAGCAAAGAAGGACUGCAGAAUCUCCUGAAAGAGGCGGAAGAAGAGUGCAAAAAGAUAGUUGGCGAAAUAGAAGUAGAAAUAAAGAAAAAAAUAGAAGAGAGCGCCGAGAAAGAGACCGUAGACGAGAGCUCAAAAAUAACACAGCUGUCGUUUGAUGAUGACUUUUUGGAAAAGCUAACAAAGUACACGGAGAUAGAGUAUUUGUGUUUCUUCAUCAAACUGUUCCUCGCUGGGAAGAAAAGAAUACUAGAGCACAAAGUAAAAAAGAACAUAGUAAAAAUGCUCCAAGAAGUGUUUCCUGUGGAGUACAGAAGCAGUUCUCUGGGAAAAAAAAUCGCAUCCUAUGUGAUCAAAAAGAGAAGGUCUGAGCAGAGCAAAGAGUCGCAGUCUGAAGAGAACAUGGACAGCAAUAGCAACACAGAGGACGAGACUCCAGACACGCCCAUAAAAACCACAAAAACAGAAGAAUCUCUUAAUCCGAACGAAGAAGCUGCUAGCAACAUAGAAAACAUCUCCUCUAUCGGCUCCCCCAGUGAAAAAAGCAGUAUCGCAGAAGAAUUGGAACAUGUCUCUGAUGAAAAGCUGGAGUUACCGUCCAAAACUGAAACAGAUGAUGCAAGUGGCAAUAAUGCGCUGAAGAGCUUGCAAAAGUCUGCUCCUCUUAAAAAACCUCCUGUUCAAAGAAAGCGAAAAAUACCGCUUCCUAAAAAUAAAGAAGAAAAAGCUGUUACAUCCCCCAAUGGCGAUGCUGAUGAUAACACAGCAGAAAAUACAGCUGCAGAAGAUGAAGAUGAUAUAAAGGCUGCGCCUAUUCCAGAAGAGCUGAAGAGUGCAGAAGAGCCAAUAGAUACACUGCCAGAGGAUGUUACUGACACCCCCAGGAAGCUGCAGCCAGUAUCAGGCAAAAAAGUGCCAAAGAAAACAAAAGCCACUGCGCCUAAGCCUGUAAAAGCAAAGGCAAAAGAAACAAGAAAAAACAACAAAAGACAGAAAGAAGCAGCAGCACCAUCUAGUGAUAUAAAUAGUACAAAUGACGCAAAAGAAGAAGAGCCGGUAGCAGACAAAGCUGCUGAAGAAAAAGAAGAAAGUUUUUCACAAUAUGAUACAAUUAGCAUAUAG